AUGAUGAACAUCGACGAUACGACGUCCCCAAUGGCCCACCCGAUCGGUCCAUCACAGCCUCCUUCCGACCAAACCGAAGUUACCCAACAAGAUCCAAGGUUGCCCGACGAAGCUUCUUCUGUUUCCGACAAGAAAGAUCAAGCUCUGCCUGAAGAGAAACCGAAGAAGAAUCAAGAAGAAGAGAGAGUGGACAAAGGGAGAGAGAAGUUGAAGAAGCACCGAAGAGAGAUCGCCGGGAGAGUUUGGAUACCGGAGAUAUGGGGACAGGAAGAGCUUCUUAAGGAUUGGAUCGACUGUUCAACGUUCGACACGUGUCUAGUCCCUGCCGGAAUCUCGUCGGCACGUGCGUCUCUUGUAGAGGAAGCUAGGCGAGCUGCUUCAGCUUCUGGUGGGUUACAUAAUCGUUGCUUGAUCUUACGCUAA